AUGCCUCACGCUCUUACUUCUCGCGACUCUACGAUGGAGUCGAAGCCAAUAGGGUCAUACCCUAACACUGGCAUCGAUGUCCUCAUUGUUGGUACCGGCCUGGCUGGUCUGGUCGCUGCUCUUGAGUGCACACGCAAGGGCCACAACGUUCGCGUGCUUGAGAGGAAUGCAGAUAUCAACACAGCUGGUGACAUGUACUUCAUGGGCCUCAGCGCAACCCGCUUCUUGAAGCACUGGCCUGAAUUGCUCAAGGAGUACAAGAAGAUUUCGCUCCACAAUGCUUGGAUCGAGACCUUCAAACACUCGGGCGAAGUUGUCAUUGGACCUAAGAAGGUCGCAGAUCGCCUUCGUGCGCAGGGACUAGACCCUGACACCCCUCCUGGAGAGUUCCAGAUGCGCCCGCUCGUGUACAAGAUGUUCGUCAGCGCCGUAGAGAACCUCGGCGUUUCCGUCGAGUUCAACCGCAGGGUUGUGGACUACUUUGAGGACGAGCAAACCGGCAAAGGUGGCUGCACCACUGAUGACGGCAAGCGCUACGAGGCGGAUGUAGUGAUUGCGGCUGACGGUGUUGGAUCCAAGAGUCAGAAGCUGGUCGGUGGACAGGUGCGCGCGAGGCCCUCUGGAAGGGCCAUGUGGCGUGCUGCCUUCCCCCGAGAAGCUCUCGACAAAGAUCCGGAGGUGAAGGAAUUCUUCAAAAUGAUGCCAGGCAACGAGCCAAUCGUGAGGACAUGGCUUGGUCCCUCCACGUACGCGCUUACCCUGUCUCGCGAGGACGUCAUGGUCUGGAUCAUGAACCACGACGUCACUGGUACUGAGAAGGAGUCGUGGAACAACACAAUCGAGAAGGAAGAAGUUCUGGACGGCAUGGACACUAUGCCUGGUAUGGAGACUGUCAAGUGGGCCCCGAUCUUCAAGCAACUUGUCGAGACAACCCCGCCAAAGACCAUCGUCAACUUCGAGCUCCUCUGGCGCAACCCUCAGCCUAGCUGGACCUCUCCCGGUGCUCGCGUUAUUCAGAUUGGUGAUGCGGCGCACUCCUACCUACCGGCUUCCGGCAAUGGUGCGACCCAGGCCAUUGAGGAUGCCAUAUCGAUAGCCUCAUGCCUGCAAGUUGGCGGCAAGGAGAACAUUCCUCAGUCUGUUCGUGUACACAUCCGCUUCCGCUUCAUCCGCAACUCCUGUGCCCAGAAGCUUGGCUUCUCCAACGCCGAACUUCUUCAAGACACCGACUGGGACAAGGUCAAGCUUGAUCCCCGCCGCGCUGCUCCCAAGCUACCCAAGUGGGUUUGGUCUCACGACCCUGAGGCUUACGUAUACGAGAACUACGAGAAGAGUGCGCAGUCGCUGAAGCAGGGCAUCGACAUGAAGGAUGAAGACAAGUUUGAGCCCAACUACCCCAAGGGCUACAAGUAUGAGCCAUGGAGCAUUGAGAAGAUCAUGGAUGACAUGAGGGCGGGCGUGCCGAUUGAUCUUGGAGCUGGUGACUGGGAAUGA